AUGGAUUCUUACGUUGAUAUCUUUAUUGUUCGAAGUGCACCUAAAGUAACAAGUGCGGUUAUAGAAGGAUCACCUCGUUUGAAAUUAAUCGGACGAGUAGGUACAAGAAAAGAUAAAAUUGAUACUGAAGUAACAACACGUCAUGGAAUCCUAGUUAUGAAUACACCUGAUAGCAAUACUCUUUCAGCCGCAGAGCAUACAUGUACUUUGAUCUAUUCCUCAGCUAGGAAUAUUCCAAGUGCUUGUGCUUCAUUAAAAACAGGAGCA